GAAAAAUCCGAACCGUCGCAGAAUGAAAGUGGACGCGAGUUCUGGAUUCAGUCCACUUCGCUGCCGACGAGAUUUGCAUUUGAUGGAUUGAUUCCAUGUAAUUUACUAACAUUAUUGCUUUCCUCGCCACCACAUGUUGUCUCCAAUGUUGGCGUGGCACGUGCUCAGCUUGGCCAUGGCCAUCGUCGUCCUUGGCUGCACCGUGGCGUUCUUUCUGCGCACUCGCAAAGCGCGCGCACACCCAGGCCCUGUCCUCGUGUGUCUGAUAUUGUCUAGUUGCCUAAACAUGAUGUUUCGUGCGUGUACCCAUCUCGUGACGCCAGAUGCUCCCUCGUUCGUCGGCAUCGACUUCCACCACGAGACCGAGUCCAACUCGACGCUCGUGUUGUACUGGGGCACGCUGUACUUUGCGUCAGCGACCACGUUCUGGUACCUCAUGCUGGCCAUGGAUCUCAUCUCGUCGCUUUCGAAUCCGUUUCUGCCGUUCCAGUCCAACAGCCUCAUCCACCACACCCUCGCGUGGCCGCUCGCGGGCGUGUGGUGUCUUCUCUACGACGUGGCCGUGUACCAGCAGCCCAAAGCCGUGCCCGAGAUCCAUCUCCGCAUGGUGACCCACUUGCCUCUAUAUGGAUCCCUCGUCUACAUCAUGUUUGCACUGCAUGCCGCGGGGGCCAAAUCGCGGCAGCUCACCACGACCAUCCACGCCACGACCCGUCGCAUGUCCAAGCUCAUCGUGCCGUACCUCGUGGUCUUUGGCGCGUCUGGCAUUGCACACUUGGGCAUUUACGUCGCCGACGUGUCCAACGGCAAACCCCUCGUGUACUCGUCGUACGUGGACCAGCUGGUCGGAAUCGUCAGCACCACCGUGUUGUUUGUGCUGUUCUACUUUGAUUCGGGGGGGUGUCGUCGCCGGGGUCUUCCUCCACAAGAUGCACAACAGCCGACGAUCUUGUCCCCACUAGACGACAUCGACGAGGCCGGUCCCCACACCCAGCCCCUCCCCCAAGACCCCCCCUUUCCCCGCAUGCAAUCCACCGCCAACUUUAACGUGGACAUCGCCGCCGAGCUGCGCAAGAUGGUCAUGGACCUCACCCGCAUGGGCAUCGUGUCCGUGGCGGCGCGAGACGCGAGCGACCACCCGACGUCGGCGAACCGCGUUCCCGAAGACUUUGCUACGGUCGAACGCAAGCGCAUCACGUUCUGGGGCGGCACGGCGGCCACUGUGGCGGACGCGCUCGUGUUUGAAGACGUGGCCCCGUCCGUGUUCCAGUCACUACGCCAACUAGCGGGGAUCGAUCAGUCGUCGUACUUGCAUGCGUUCAAUGCAGAGGAAAACCUCCGAGAAGUGUGCUCGGAAGGGAAAAGCGGCAACAUCUUCUACUUUACGGCCAACCGUCAAUUCAUGGUCAAGAGCGUGCCGAAAGAAGAAUUCGACACCCUUCGCGCCAUCCUACCACAGUACUACAAAUACCUCGUUCAGAACGAAUCGUCCUACUUGUGUCGGUACUUUGGCUGCCACUCGAUCACGUUGCCCGUGGGCACCCGCCGCAUGUACUUUGUGGUGAUGCAAAACCUAUUUAUCCACGGCCCGCCACAACAACGAUACGACCUCAAGGGCAACACGGACCGACGGCAGGCCAUCCCGACCGCCCAAGUGGAAGGCAAGAUGCAUGCCGCCAUCAUGCGGGAGCCCAUCGACAAGCUCAUGAUGGACAUUGACUUUACGCGCAUCCACCAGUGCAUUUUACUCGCAGACGCCGACGCCACCACGGUGAAACUCCAGUUAAAAAAUGACAUUCAGUUCUUGGCCGAGCACCGCAUUAUGGAUUACAGCAUCUUGGUGGGGGUGCGGUAUACUGCCAACGCUUGCUUUCACCGAGUGGACAUGGCGGUGCCUUCAAAGGAUGGCAUGACCAUGUACGACAUUGGGGUGAUUGACAUGCUGCAGCGUUACAAUUGGCGAUGGACGUUGCAACGGUGGUUUCUGGGGGGCUUUCUAUGCAAAGACAUGGGCGAUGUGAGUGCGGUGCCGCCAGCCCAGUACGGCAACCGCCUGAUUCGGUUUGUUCGGCAAAGCAUGUUCAAUCAAGCACGUCGAGAAAGUCGGUCGUCCCUGUUUACAAACAGCACACAGCGCAGUGGCCUCACCGUUUCAGAGGGCGGCGGCGGGGCGGUGGCACUAAGCCAUCGCCCUAGUGGCUACCCUCAGUUCUACCCAGAGGACCACCCUGGCGGGUCGACUCCAGCGACGGACAUUUGGUUUGUGUCCAAUUUGUCGGAUGAAAUGAUUGACAUCCACGACUGCGUGCUGUUGCAAGAAACUUCUUGACAUUGGUCUUGUCCAGUGAUGCCACAAAUGAUGGCAGGGCAGGGCUCUUCUCCAUGGGCUUUUAAAUGAUACUAGUACAGGUACUGUUAGUGUUAAUCCAUAGUCGCAAGUAAUUACAAGGAGUACCAUUGGUCUUGUC